AUGUCUCAUCAAAGUGGCGGCUACUUCUACUAUCGAUACGCUUAUGAUUGCCCAUGGACAGAUGCAGACGGACAGACCGGCAUAGACUAUACCUUCUCUUCUUCAGUUUACUCGUCGGCGCAGAAAAAUACCCACGAGGCACAAAGCAAGUGGUUCACCAACACCGCCAUGCCUGCCGUGCAGGAGCAUAUCGAGAGGAACUUUUAUUUGAAAGCAGACCGAAACAAGAAGGGCAGAGUCUAUGAGAGGUUCAAUUGGCAGUAUGUCAGGAAGGAGGUGUUUAAAUGGUGUGCCAAACUCCCGGUUCAUACAGACGGGCCGUGUAAAGGGUCGCCCUCUGGACAACCAGUCUAG